AUGGAAGCCAUUGAAUGGACGCCGAAGUUGUUAAAAACAACACUUGAAAAAUAUGUGAUGAAAGGAAUGCUCAGCGAAGAAAAUAAGGCCUAUAUUUCAAAACAACCGUCAACUUUCGACCCGCUGGAAACUUUGAAACAUUUGAUAAAUCAUUCAAAUGGACGUCUGGAUUUUUAUGGACCAGCUGAUUGUUUAUUGAAAGAUCUUGAAGAAAUUUUGAAAACAUGUGAAGCUGCCAGUUUAUUUCUGGGAAAUACAAAUGGAAUUUAUUAUGGAAUUGGAGCGAAUUUUCGUGAAUAUUAUUCGAAAUUGGAUGCGCCUUUAAUAAUCUAUCGAUUUUUGAAACAGGAAACAAUGAGGGAUAAACCUGCACUUUUAUUAAUCCUAAAAUCACAUGGAAAUCGAAUUUAUCGAAAACUUUGGAACUGUAAUGAACACAUUGAAGGAGAAGAUUUGAAGAAAUUUCUGCAAGAUUUCAAUAAAAAUUAUGAAGACUUUGCUAGAGAAUCUCAUCAGAAAAAUGAUGAUUUUCGAUUAACAAAAUACAGUGUUGAUGAAGUUGGAUACAUUCUUUCAAAGUUUUUCGAUGUUCAAAACGAUGAAGAAUUAUUGAAAGAGCUUCGGGAUUAUCUAAUUGACCUGAGCAAAGUAAGAUAGAUAUUUUCUUGAAUUCCUGAUAAUCACCUGUUUUCAGCGUUAUCCGAUUCGCAGCAAAUCAAUGUUCUACAAAACAUUAUACGAGGAAUGCGCGAUGUUUUCAAGUUUCUUGAAAUUCACCAUCGAAAAGAAUCCCCACAUAUUUUCGCCGAAAAAUAGAACAUCAUCGAUUUUGAGAAUUUUUUAUUCAGAUGAUGAGGAUGAAGGAUGGAUUCUGAUGGAUGACUUGGAAUAUUAUGCGGUUAAAAAAGGGGUUAAUUUAUCAAGUUAUUCGAGGAGAAAAGAGGAUAUGAUUUUGACAGUGACGAAGAAGAAUCUUCCAGAUUUAUUGGAGAAAAUUGAGAAUUUCAAAGUUUGUUUUUUUUUCAUAAUUUUAAAUUAUAUAUAUUUCUUCAGAUAAUUCGUGUGAAAAUUCAAAAAACAAGCACAAAUUGGAAUAUUCCGAUAAUGACAAUUUCUGGAAAACACUGCAAACUGGCAUUGGAAACAUUCAAUGAGAUUCUUCAAUGUUUGACAUUGGAUUUAAGAUGGUUUGAUUCUGUUCCAGCUAGAGAUUUUUAUAAAGUUAAUGGUUGGAUGGAAAUGCAUGAUGUUUUUGAUAUCAAAAUUCAAGAGAUCUAUUUUAUCGCAACUUUGAAAAUGGAUGAAAUUGUUAGAAAAUUGUAUGAGGAAUUGUCAAAAUUUGUUCCGAAAGAGGUUUGUUAGAAGUCACUGGAAUUAAUUGAAGAUGGGGAAUCUUAGAAGAGAAUUACAUCAAGAUGAUGAGAGCUUGAGUCGGUCGGAGCUCAUUUUCUUUGCUCCGCUAUAAUUCCCUUCUAAAUGAGAUAAGCUCCAUAAAUUUCAGAAAAAAUACGAAAUUCCAUGCAACUUCCAAUGCUCAACACUCGAAGACGUCAAAAAAGAAUUGGAUAAAGUUUCACCAUUUUGGAAAGACUUGAAUCAAGAUAUUACUCAAUUGGAAACGAAUGCUCUAGGAUUAGGUGAUCCUCCGUUCAAAAAGCGGAAUAUUCUUAAUUUUCAUAGCAAUAAGAGAAUUCUAGGUUUCAUCAAAUUGUCAGCGAAAGUAAGGAUUUGAAAUCAAUUAUUGGAAUAAUAAAUUAGAGGUUUUGCAGAUUCCCAAGUUCUUCUUUCAACAAAAAAAUCCUGGAAUUCCCUAUGCUGGAAUUCAAUUAAUACAAAAUAUGUAUAAUCCGAAGACUUAUUUACACUCAGAUGAUCCGAAUGUUUUGCAGAAUGUAUAUUUCGAACAAAUUUUUGUGAAAUAUUUCGAAUUUUUGCGAGAAUUCAAUUAUUUUCUGGCUCUUCCCAGUGGUUUGAUCAUUUAUGACAAUGAUUAUUGUUUGAAACUUGUUCUUGAAGAAUCAUUGGAAAAAUAUCCGAAAUAUCGCAAAAUUUUCGAGUUGAUCUAUGAAGUUGAAUAUAAAAAAGCGAAGAAAUCGAAGGAAAUGAAAGUUUUUUAUUUGCAACAAUACGAAGUUGAAGAUUUCUGUCAGAAAAUGAAAUUGAAUAUUCAAGUGGAAGACAAUCAGAAUAAGAAGAAAACUGGCAAUUUUUUUUGGAAAAAAGAUUUUCAAUUAAACGAUUAUCCUUAUGAAUUUCAUCGUCUUAUGCAGGAACUCAGAUGUGAAUUUUGUAUAGAAGUCAAGGAAUAUUUCUGGAAAUGUUUCGAAGAAAUGAAAUGUUUGAAGAAUUAUAAACAAGGAAAGUGAAAAGGGUUCUGAAAACGAUCCAAAGCCUUGUGAGCAUUUUUGGGGGCUCCAAAGUUCACGAGGAAGGAAGCUUUGAAGCUCCAGGGAAGUGCUCACAAGCGUUGUUGACAACUGGAUCGUCUUCAGCAUUUUCAACUAAUAAGUUAAUUUCAGAUCGUAUAUCAAUUUCACUCAACAGUUCAGCAAAGCGACGAAUUUAUUUGAGAACAAUGUGUGAAAUGAGAAUUGAAGAUCAAAAAGAGUGGCAUUUGUUUAGCGAGGAAGUUUUGGAAGCUUUUCAAAUUGUUUUGAAUGAUGAAAAAAAGCUGGAUGAAAGUAUCGAAAGACAAUUGAAAAAAUGGGAAGAUAAGUGGAAAAUGAUGGAGUUUGGUACAAUUUCGGUUAAAUUAUUCGAAACAUGUUUGGAAGUUCUGAAAAUCAAUAAAUCGCAGUUCUGUUUGAUACCAGAUUUUGAUUAUGCGAAAAAUCUCGUAGAAUUACCAUUGCGAAUGGGAUAUGAUGCAUUGAAGAUUCAAUCACCUGAUCGAAGAUGGGUUUAUCAUCAGGUUCAAGCGCAUUAUUUGAUUUUUCAAUUCGGUGCAUGUGAUAUUUUUUGGUUGAAGUAUGAUUUAAAUAUAAAUAUAACACGUGAAACAAUUCAACGAGCACAACAAUCUCAAUUAAUUUUAUUUGAGAUGCAAAAAAUUGGAAAAGGAUAUAAUCUAGCUGAAAAGGUGGAGGAAUCUGUUGAAAAUGUGAAAUAUUCGCAUGUUAUGCAGAAAACUCCAUUAAGUUGGAUGCACGGGAAAUCAUACGAUCUUCAAAUUUCGAAUAAACAUUUAAAUCAACUUCUCAAAUGUAUGAAUUGCCCUCCAAAUUUAUCAAAUCGAUUGGAAUUGGUUUUUCAAAAAUAUGAGAUGCUCUUGCAUUGGAUCAUUUGUUUUUGUGCGAAAGAACAUCCGGAGAUGAAGAGAAUUCUGAUGAAAGCGGUUACGGUAUCAAUGGGAACGUUGAGAAUUGCGAAUAUGCAAGAGUUUGAGGAUUUUUAUCAGGGAAAUAACAUUGAAGAUCCUUGUGAUUUGUUUUUGUUCGAUUUUUGUAUUGAGCAAGCGCAUUUUAUUAAUUCGAAUGGAACGAACUUGGAUGAGAAUCGUGAGACUUUUGGGAUUUUUCGGGGAAAAAUGGGAAAUUUUUCGAGAAUUGCUCCAAACUUUGCUGUGAAAAAUAAUUUUUCGAGCAUUACUCUUUUUUUUUAAAUUUUUUUUUUCUGAGGAAAAUAUAGAUUUUUUUGAGCAUUGCUCAUUUUAAAUUGAAUAUUUUUUUUAUUUUUCUGAGAGAAAUGAGUUUUCCAGCAUUGCUCAUGCUAACCUUGACAUUCUCAUUUUUCAAUUAUUUUUAUCUUAAAGGGCUGUAUAUCAGGCUUGUGCGGAAAAUAGGUUUUCGGAAAAUUUCGGAAAACCGUGUUUUUCCGAAUCCAUCCGGUCGGAAAUAGUUUUCCGAAGUUAUUUUCCGACUUUUUAUUUUCGGAAAAAAGUUUUCCGACUGUUUUUUCCGACUCAAUUUUUCGGAAAAUCGGAAAAUUUCGGAAAAAAUUUCAAUGAAAAAAUAAUAGGCUUAUUUGUUGGGUUUUGAGUUUUGUUAAAGUAGUUUUAACAAAUUCGGCAGUUUUCACGAUAUUUUGUCACUUUAGUUAAAUAUUACUAACAAAUUCCUAUAUUUUUCACAAUUACCAAAAUUAUUUUUUGAUAAAAUUAGAAAAAAUUCCUGAAAAUCACCUAUUUUUUCACUUUUUCGGAAAAUUAUUAGUCUCGGAAAAUUUUCGGAAAAUAAUUUUUUCCGAAAAUAUUCGUCGGAAAAAUUUUCCGACCAAAAGUUUUCCGAAUUUUUCGGCCGGAAAAUUUUCCGACUCGCAUUUUUUCCGAAAUUUUCCCAAAAAGUCGGAAAAUCGGAAAAAGCGUUUUCCGUUUCCGCACAAGCCUGCUGUAUAUAAUAAAUUUAGAGCACAAAAUUUUGAACAUUCAAAUUUUCCACCAAUAAAAACCAAUAUACUGUUUCAAAAUAACAUUAUCUAAUUUUGCAGCUUUCAUCGAAAAACACUAUCUUUUCGAUGAUAAUGAUCCAUUGGCAAUGUAUGGACCUCAAAAACGAAAACAUAUUCCCGAAAAAUCGAAUAUCGAAAAAAUCAAAAGUUUCCUGCCAAAAGUUGUCGAGCAAGUUUGCGAUGAGCAAUUUGAACCAAUUGAGAAAUUAUGGGAAUUGUUUGAAAAAUCGUUUGGAAAACAUUUUGAUCCAGGUCAAAAAAUCAAGUUGUGUCAAGUGAGUUGGAAUAUAUCUUUUCUGACUAUUUUAAAAAACUUUCAGAUUUUGCCAACUUUGAAAGCGGAAUUCGAAAAAGAUCCAAAUUGUGAACUCGAAUUCCAAAAAAUCGACGAAAAAGAGAUGUUCAAACGAAAAAAGAAGAUAAUUCAAAAAGAAGCGGUGAAAAAAACGAGAGAAGAAGUCAAAGUGAAAUAUGUGACACAGACAAAAAUCAUUGAAAAUUGUGAAAAAUGUCAGAAUAUUGAGAAAGAAACGAUGGAAUAUUUGCAGAAAUUGGAAUAUUUUGAGAAGGAAAAUGUGGAAAAAUUGAAUAGUAUUCGACAAAAAGAUGAGGAUUUGAUGAUUUUGAAGAAUUUGAUUGGGGAAAAUAAGAUGAAAUAUCGAGAGGAAAUUCAGAAAAUUAAAGAGGAUGUUGGAAAUAAGGAUUUGAAAAUUGAACAAUUACAAAUUGAAUUAAAACAGUAAGUUUCCCCUUCAAAAAGUUCUUUUGAACCAACUCCAAAAAUCCUGAUAAAUGCCUAAAAUUGGAGAAAUUGUUCUUCGAAAAUCUAUAAAAAUAAUAUUUUCAGGCAACGUGAAGAUUUGCGAAUUGAAAGAGAAAAACUAUACAAAGAGGUUCGCCAGACAACAAGAGAAUCCAAUGAAAAUGUGAAAAAAUUGAAAAUCGAAUUGGAAAAUGAAAAAUUAUUGGGAAAAACGAGAGCGAAUAAAAAUGAAGAAUUAUCAGCGGAAGUUCAAAAAUUGAAAACAAUGCUUGAAAUCAGCGAGGAGAAUAAAGAGACAACAAAAGACUUCAAAAACAUUUGCGCAAAAUUCAAUAUUUAUGAAAUAAUCAAAAAAGUUAGCCGAAAUUCGGAAAUUUAUGGAAUUUGUCAAUCGGAAAUUGUUGGAUUUUUGAUGGAUUUUGAGAAUUCGCAAAACGUUGCUUGUUUUUCAAACGAUUUUAUGCAAAAAUAUGAGGAAUGUAUGAAGAUUUAUUAUUAA